AGGGUGUUCUAUAUUUACUAAAAAGUGGAGAGGAAGUGAUAGAGCACUAAAACGACCGGACAAGCCUAUCACUCGUGCAACGGAAAAUGAAGCUCAAACAUCGAGAACUAUUCAGCACUAUUUUUCAUAUACUCGUGGCAAUAGUCUCCUCAGGAGAGGCCUCGAACGGUAGGUAAAUUCAGGCGUAAGAGUCCUUGAUGAACACUGUGAACUUUUCUUUCAAAUAGUUGAGUACAAUUUUUACUUUUCGUUACUUUCUAUUUCCACAAAAAGUCAACGAUGAACGCAUUAAACCUCUUAGCCGAGGCACAGGUGAAGGUUUUGCUUACGCCAACUUUAAGCCUCAAAAAUUUUCCUACCUCAACGUCACCAGCAUUGGGUCAGAUUAUUUUCUAGAAGACAGCGAAUGUGGAUUUGUUUGUGCCAACACACCGUCAUGUUUCUCCUUCAACUUGGGCGUAUUCUCCGCUUUCAUGGGAAAAGUGUUGUGCGAACUGCUUCCAUCAGACGUGUUUAACAACUCGGACAAGUUUGUAUACAGUCAGAGCCACCAUCACUAUAGUAUCACGGUAAGGAAUUUGCUUAAAUGUUCUCUUUUAAACCACAAAUUAAACAAAACAAAACCAAAAAAACAAGAACAAAACUGGGUUUGCAAUAGAAAAUAUUCUGUAUUUAAUUUCUCCAAGGCCUUCUAUCUCAGGUGAAACAUUAUCCUGCACUGUUGCAAAGUGAUGCAAAAUUUAUAACUUGAAACUGAAUACUGAUUUCUGAAACAACAAUGAAACUCUUGUGACCAUACGCUUCAGUUACUUUGAAAAUGACGAGCCUGAUACGAAAGAGUAAAUAAAAUAAGACGCUUUUGUUUUCCCUAGAGGUAUAUUCAAUCAAAGAGUAAUUAUAAUCCCGUUGAGAAGCUGAAUAAAGUUCUCUGAAAAACUUCCUCGUGGUUGUUAUAAGGUGUCAUAAAAGUUUUAGCAAAGGUUUUGACGCUUUGAGCGAAUUUCAUAUCAAUAAUAUUUUCUAUAAUGCACUUCGACUACCAAAUAAAUCGGAGGUACUAAAAAAGGUGAAUGAAAUUUUAUUUUAUCUACUGCAAUUCAUUACUUUUCAAUUGAAAACUUUGGCCAAACCAUAAUCCUUCUGAAACACUUGCGAUGGAAUAUCUGUUUGUGUCUUCUUGUUGUUUCACAGUCUCCGUGUUGGAAGAGUGCAAUUGCAAUUUUCCUGCAUCAUGAGAGCAUGCACUUCAAACCAUUCAGACAAAUUAACACCGCCUCCUAAGAAAGGCAUAAUUCUGUACCAAAAAAUCAUUUCUGUGUCUUAACCUUUUAAAGGCUAAAUUUAUUUUGGAAUUUAAUAAAAUCAUAUAAUUACCAUAGAGUGAACGUAAAUAGCCAUGUCAUGUUCAGCCCUUAAAAGUGAUGAAGCUCCAUUCAAGCGCCAUAUUGCCCGCACCAUCAUAACACUGGCCACGACAGUCAUCCAUAGAUAGUCCUAACUCAACUACAGCACCAAUUAUUAAAUCUUUGAUAGCUGCUCCUGUUGUUACAUCCUCACAAAAGUAGAAUCCCACAAACUCUUCCCUAACUGUUUUGGUCGAGUCGAGAAUUCUGAUCACCACUGAAGGAUUUUCUUUAUUUGAUAUGUCAGCUGCUUCAUCAGACAUAAAAGAAAAAUAUUUGCUAUUCCUGAUUUCCUGUGACAAAUUAUUCAGUAUGAUAGCACCCACGGUUGUAAUCAUCUCGUUUUGAAUGGAUCUAGAAAUAUAUGUCGCAUUUCAGGAUGCAGUUUCCAGAUGAUGUUGCAAUUUUUGGUCGCCGCUGUCAAUUCGAAAUUUUAACAGUGCCUUGAAAUUACCGGAAAGACUGGCAUUUUGUGGGUCAUUAUCUUGUCUACCUCUGAGGACUAUGUUUUUUUUCCUCAGAAAAUUGUUGUUUUAAAAAGGUAUUUCAGAAUUUCGCGAUUUCUAUUGGUUUGUCGUUGAAGUAAGUUGUUGAUCUGCAGAUAAAUUGGGACCGCUUCUCUUCUCAAAUUUCUCAGCAAAUUAUCCAUUGCAAUGACUGCCAAAUUAUGCAUCUCACAUUUUCCGCUCGCGUGUUUGGUAAAACGUGAAACAGUGGAUGUCCAAAGUGUAAAUGGAUACUUGUCUAGCUUAUUGGUAUAUCUCCCACACUGGACUCCGAAAAAAAGACACGGUAAAUAAAAAUGCACCGUCGAGAGUAUUUGGAGUACGCUAACCGGGGAAAUCUUUUCAUCCAGCUUCACACAAAAUGACGUUUAGAAUUCGAACAUUCUACUGACGCUGGGAAGUCAUAAAGCUCAACUGGUUUCCACACAUUCUCUAUGAACCUGAGCUUGUCCUGGUCCGAAUAUGCGCUGAUUUCCUUGAAAACCAAGCCAACAUCGUACGGAGAAUAGUCCUCCUUCCGACAAACUGGAUCGCCUCGAACCAUAAUCCUGUCUUCCUCCGUAGCAAGUUAAUGAACUCUAGUAGGAACAAGAACAAACGAAGGGACUCUUGGGGAGAGGCUUUGCGAUUAUUAGUGGUUCUCACGGUAGUUUUUGCAGCCUAGAUAGCCAAUCACAACCGAGUUUGAGUAGUUCGCCAAACGGAUGUGAGUGUUUCCGGCCAAUCAAAGAGGGUUUUGAGUGGUUUGUGAAAAGAUCCAUAUACCACCGAGUCCCACCCACUGCGUGCAAAUUUUCUCCAGUUGUGCCUACGAGUUUCUCUCCUAUUUCUAUAAGGUUUCAUAAAAGUCUUAGCGAAGGUUCUGACGCUUUGAGCGAAUUUCAUAUCAAUAAUAUUUUCCAUAAUGCACUUUGACUACCAUAUAAAUCGGAGGUACUAAAAGGUGCAUGAAAAUCUUGUUUUAUCUAUUGCAAUUCAUUAAUUUCAACUGAAAACUUUGGCCAAACCAUAAUCCUCCUGAAACACUUGCGAUGGAAUGUCUGUUUGUGUCUUGUUGUUUCACAGUCUCCGUGUAUCAGUUGGCCAUGUCGGAACAAUGGGACAUGCGCGGCACAGUACGAAGACAACAGCUACGUCUGCAUUUGCAAAAAAGGCUUCAAAGGAAAAGAUUGCGAAUUUGGUAAGACACUGUUGAGUUUAUUAACCAAGAGCCCUUCACUAGCCUGCCUGGAAUUAACCCUCUAACUCCCAUCAGUGACCAAGAGAGAAUUUCUCCCUACAAUGUGAACGCAAUACCAAGCAGACAAGUGGUGAGAAUAUAGAAAAAUAGCGAUCAGAGAAUUUUAGUUGAUCCAAUACCAAAUUCUCCAAACUAACAUCAUAAGAAUUGUGUGGCAGAGAGUAAGGAGAAUUACUGAUGAGAUCUUGGCAGUGAAAGGGUUAAGAUUGCACUACAAAGUUAAAAAAAGUGGCUAUUUCAUUAUAAGUUUCCCAAAAUAAUUUCCAGAAUGGACUUGCUUUUUUUCAUUUCUAGAUAUUGAUGAAUGCGCUGAGGGACUACACUCUUGUGACGUCCAUGCUUAUUGUAACAAUACUGCUGGAUCUUAUACAUGUACUUGUAAGCCAACAUACCAUGGUGACGGAGAAAAUUGCAUACUGCGUAAGUACCAUUGACAAGCUUUGAAAAUGAAAGGCAUGUUGUCGCUUUGUCCGAUAGUCUUCGUAUUGACAGCUACCUGUUUAGAAACAAAUUCACUACAUUUUUGAUUGUGAAAAUUUUCUAAAAGAGUCAUAAAUAAAUAAGGGGAUUGUUAGCUGAUUCAAUACCAAAUUCUUGGAACUAACAUAAUAAGAAAUAUAUGGCAGAGUGUAAAGAGAAUUACCAAUGUGGUCUUUGGAAAGAAAUGGUUAGAAGAAAAACAUCGCCAGCAUUAGAGUCAAACAUGGGCUAAAUUGUCAAUUAUGUUACGAAAUUUCAUUCACUGAGACUUUGAUGAUGGAUCAUGGGGUUGUGUCUCCACCAGAGUGUAUCAGACUCCAAAACCUUUUUAAUCUACGAUUCCCUAUUAUAAUAGUGAUUUUAAAGCAAUGAUCAAUCAGUAAAUUGAUUAAUUUAUUAAUAAGCUGUUCUAUUGGUUUAUUUCAACAAGGAAGAAGCAAUUUUAAUCCUUCUUUUUUUAUGAUAUUUUGGAACUCAACAGCGAUGAAUUCAGCAAUACUUCAAGGAAAUUCAAGUUAUAUUGAUGACCUUGCUCAGUUCUUGAAGCCUAUAAUUGGAAAUCACAGUCGGUGGGUGCUGUGUUACCGCGCCUCUACCUACAGCUGGAGAAUCAGUACCUUCCACACAAAGUGUGAUGGGAAACGUGACACAGUCUCUAUCAUUAAAGUAGGACAGUACGUGUUUGGAGGAUACACCGACAUUUCAUGGGGUAAAUCAAUAAUACCUAGUCAUUUAUCGUGGGGGAAGGGGGAAUCGAAGAAUAUUGCGAAAUGACAUGGUUUUCAGAGGAAACGGAGAUGGAAUCAGUCGUCGCUGACAGAGUAUUAAGGGAAAACUAUAGAAAACUUGACUGCUGAUUGGGGAAUCAUUAGAAUACAACAGAGCUUUAAGUGGAGGGGGAACGGGGAGGAGGAAAUUAGGAAAAUUUUGUUGUCGUAAUCGGUUCGUUUGCUUGUUCGUUCGUUUGUUUUUGCAUCAAUGCUUGAGCUUGGGCUGGGGUGGGUAGGGCCUUGUCCGUCUUAUUAACGCAGGAGACGCUUUGUUUAACGGAACAUUCUAGAGGGUCUCAAGAGGGUUAUUCAGAAGCCGUAAGCCGGCUAAAACAUAAGCCAUUAGGUGCCAGAAUUGAAAAAAUUUGAUCAAUAGUCGCAAAAGAAUUAACCCUACAGAAAAUGUUCUGGCGACAACAAUGGAAUGAUAUGAACCGUAAGCUGUAAAAUGGCCCAGAUUUCAACUGUUAGAUGGUAAAGCCAUCACUAAACUUAUUGAACCUUGUCAAGAAAUAAAAGUCCACCUUUGGCGUUUUACAAAUCUAUCAGAGAAGGAUUGUAAGUCUUUCUAUUUCUGCAGAGUCCAGUGGAGGUUAUGCAAGCACUUCUAAAGCGUUCAUAUUCUCUAUCGUCAAUAACGAAGGACUGCCACCGUUCAAGAGCCUGGUGACUAGUCCUCAACAUGCUAUUGAGAGGACGACAGCUCACAGUGUAACAUUUGGUGGAGGUCACGAUAUCUGCAUCAAUGAUAAUGCCAACAGCAACACACACUCCUAUGCAAACUUUGGCCAUUCUUAUUCAGUCCCAAGUGGCAUAAAGGACAAAAGAACAAUCCUGGCUGGGACUUACUCCUUCAAACCUGAUGAGCUAGAGGUCUUUUUUCUUGAUUAAAAGACUUGAACUAUCAUUGGUAAAACGAAGUACUGAGAAAACCUUGUGUAAAGUGUCAUUCAUUUGCAUAACUACCUUUUAGAGAGACUUAAUCUUUAAGGAUUACAGUGCAUUGAUAUAUCAGCAGAAAAGUAAUUAUUUCACGUUUAUAAACGUAAGCUGAAGUUGAUUCAUAAACCACUGGGAUAUCGGGCCGCACGAUAGUUUAUAUUACGCACGCUUGUUCAUCAAAUACUGAUAUUUAUCACGAUUUAUAGACGUAUAAUGAUAGGUAUUUGACUGAAAUACAAAUAUUUGUAUAUCGCUGAGUUGCCAAAAAGCCCUAAUCUUGGACUGACUUUUCUUUUACGUUCUUUAACUUUAGUCAGCCAGACAAUUGUUACCUAAAUAUUAACCCUUUAACUCCCAAAAUCUGCUUGCUUAUUCUCCCCUCUAGCUACCACACAUUUUCUUGUAAAUUAGUAAUGAGAAUUUGUUUAUCGAUUAAGAUAAUAUCUUUAACCUGAUAAGUUUGAGUAUUCUCAUCACCUGUUUGCUGGAUAACGUAUGGAUACUAAAGGAAGAAGUUACAUGUUAAUCACUUCAGGGAGUUACAGGGUCAAGGAGAGAAAUGCUUGAGAGAUGCGUGCGGGGGAAGAUAAGAAGGGAGGCAACAACACGCUUUCCUCUUUCCCGUCGUCCCUUUGGUGAUCACUCGUUCCAGUCUACUGUGGCCCUACGACCGAACAAUGAUGAGAGACGAGUUAGAACGAAUCAGAUAUUGUUUAAUUUUUAAAAAUAUUAUCACCCUGUGCAAUACUUCAUUAAAUAUACUAUACUGAUUUGAGCGUGAUUUCAAAUUUAUUUGAUUAUUCAAAUACGUAAUUACCAGUAAUUUCAUUUUUAUAUUUUAUCGUUGGUUAUAAAGUAUCAACUGGUGUAAGUAUUCCACUAUACUUGUUUAAUGUAGGCUACUGUUGUAAGAAUCGUAGGUUGCAUUGCUAUUAAAAGACCAGCACCUAGAAUACGGAAGCGCUAAAAAAACUGUUAAAUGGGGACAUAAAAGCGUUGCUUAGGCCCGUAACGACUAAGAAAGAUCCCGUAAAUUAUGCCAAAUAUUUGGUAGUAGAGGGAUUUGGAAUAUUUUCAGCGGAGAACGUAUCACAACCGUGUGUGACUUGUCUUAGUGUGUUUGCACUCACAUCAGCUCUUAGUAAGAGGGUCUAUAAUGAUAAAAUAAUAAUGAAACUGAUAAAACUAAAAAACAUGCUAUCAAUGUGAAUUUUCUCUCUUCAAGGAUUGUCUUACACAAAAUGUAGCGAUUUACACCGACAUUGUUCACUCUUCCUAAAUAAAAGUUAACGAAAGUGACCAAAGUAAGAGAGAUAUCAAAUGUGUGAUAGGAUAAAU